GGUAGAGAGACAUUAACAUAGACUGAGAGGGGUGGAAACUCCGGAACAGGGACACGAAGUGAUCUUUCUCUUCAGAAUUCCAGCGGUUCGUGUUUCAGGGGCUGUAGGGUGUGAGCAGCGGUCAUGGCGAGUGUAACCGAGUUCUACGCUGGGAAGUGUGUGCUGAUCACCGGGGCAACGGGGUUCAUGGGAAAGGUCCUGGUGGAGAAGCUGCUACGCUCCUGUCCUCAAGUGAAAACCCUGUACCUGCUCGUCCGCACCAAACAGGGUCAAAGUUCACAGCAGAGGAUACAGACCAUGCUGCAGUGCAAGCUGUUUGACCGUCUGCGGGAGGAGCAUCCAGACUUCCAUCAGAAGAUCGUCCCCGUCAGCAGUGAGCUGACCCAGCCUGGCCUGGCACUGAGCGACGAGGACGUGAAAACCCUGACGGAGUCGGUGCAGAUCGUCUUCCACUGCGCUGCCACCAUCCGCUUCGACGAGUCACUCAAACACGCCCUGCAGCUGAACGUGAUAGCCACGCAGCAGCUCCUGGCUCUGGCGCAGCAGAUGCAGCAGCUGCUGGUCUUCAUCCACAUCUCCACCGCGUACGCCAACUGCAACCGCCGCCACAUUGAUGAGGUCAUCUACAGUCCGCCGGUAGAACCCAGCAAGCUCAUCCAUUCACUGGAGUGGAUGGAUGACGCCAUCGUCCGUGACAUCACACCAAAGCUGAUCGGUGAUUGGCCCAACACGUACACCUACACCAAAGCUCUGGCGGAGACUGUGGUGCAGCAGGAGAGCACCAAGCUCAACGUGGGCAUCAUCCGCCCCUCCAUCGUGGGAGCCAGCUGGCAGGAACCGUUCCCCGGCUGGAUCGAUAACUUUAAUGGACCGAGCGGGAUCUUUAUAGCGGCGGGUAAAGGUAUCUUGAGGACGAUGAGAGCCAGUAAUGAUGCCGUAGCAGAUCUGAUUCCCGUCGACGUGGUGGUCAACCUCACCAUCGCUGCAGGGUGGCACACAGCUGUACACAGGCCGAAAUCUGCGCUGGUCUACAACUGCACAACAGGAGGCAUCAACCCCUUCCACUGGGGAGAGAUCGAGCAUCACGUGAUGUCCACGUUUAAGAGGAACCCUCUGGAGCAGGCCUUCCGACGCCCCAACGCCAACAUCACCUCCAACUAUCUCAUCAAUCAGUACUGGAUCCUGGUGAGCCACAAGUUCCCCGCCCUGCUGUACGACCUGUUCCUGCGCCUGUCCGGCCAAAAACCACAGAUGAUGCGUAUCUUUACCAGGCUACACAAAGCGAUCGGAUUGUUGGAGUACUUCAGCAGUCAGGACUGGGAGUGGAACUCAGAUAACAUGAACAUGCUCAUGAACCAGCUCAGCUCUGAUGAUCGCAGGAUGUUUAACUUUGAUGUGCGUAAGUUGAACUGGCCCGAGUACAUCGAGAAUUACUGCAUCGGAACCAAGAAGUACGUCCUGAACGAGGACAUGGCCGAUAUUCCAGCAGCCCGACAGCACCUGCGCAAGUUGAGGAACAUCCGUUACACCUUCAACACAGUCCUGCUCGUCUUCAUCUGGCGUGUCUUCAUCGCCCGCUCUCAGAUGGCCAGAAACAUUUGGUACUUCGUUGUCAGUUUGUGCUUCAAGUUCCUCUCCUACUUCAGAGCCUCGAGUACCCUCACCAACUGAAGACGGCGCUCAGCCUCCCCGGUCUCCUCCGACGUACCCCAGACCCCCCCUUCCCCGGUCUACUACAGCAUCCUUCAUGCAUCUCCAGUCUGCCAACGGGCCACCAGUUUUGCCUCUAAUUUACUCCAGACUGCUACAACCUUUCCAGAUACCCCCCGUCUACUUCUUAUCUGCCUCUGUGUGCCUAAAUCUACCCUUACUACAUCAUACCAGGCCCCAAUCUGCCCCCAUUCUGCUCUGUUUCAUUGGUCUAUUAUUCAUCGAAUGGCCCUAUUUGCCCAAUUUAGCUGGCCUCCGGUCAUCCACAGCAUUGUACUGCCCCAGUUUAAAUCUGCCAGUCAGCCCCAGCUGGUCACCAGUCUUGCAUUGGGCAUGAAUUUACUGGCCCAGUCUGGUGCAGUUUACACCAACGGACAUCAAUCCAGUCUGGUUUACUCAAACGUACACCAGUCCACUCCUAAUUAACCCUAAUGGGUCAUUAUGGUUUCCUGACCAGCCCAACUGGCUCGCCAAUCUUGUACCAGUUUGCCUGCCUGCCCCAGAGCCUUCUACACCCGUUAUCCAAGUUUACUCCAGCAGUUUACUCCAGUAUACCCAGUAGGCCAGUCAGCAGCCAGUUGGUAUAGUUUGCCCCAUCCUACCCCCAUCCUUAUCCAGUUGGCGACUGAUCUUGGAGCAAAAGGUUGCCAGAGCCUUGAGUAUCCCUCUUAACCUAAAAAUAGUAUUGUACUAGUAUUGUAAUGCCCGAAUGCCCUUAUAUGCCAGUCUACCUUAGCUUAUUUUAGGUUGGUCAUCCAUCCCAGUUUCCCCAGUUCCCCCAGUGGUAAACUUGACAUUGGUAUUGUUUGCCUUAUAACCAGCGCAGUCGUCCACCAGAGCCUUGAGUGUCCUCAUCAACACAAAGCAGCAUUGAGCCGUGCCAGUCUAUGCCAACGUAUACGAACCCCCCCCCCCCCAAUUCUGCUUAAUUCUUAAAAGCUUGAUCUAAACUGGCCGCAGCACGUCCCCAGUUUCCUUUUCCAGGCCUCCCAGUAUGCCAGUCGGUUUGUUGUAUUAUACCCCCCACACCCCCGUGCCCUGUUCCCGUACCGCAACCAAAUUCGAGGCCGUGGGAGCCUCACGUAUUGUGAAUAAUUGUAAACAGCACUGUACUGCCCAGUCUCUUCGCCAGCAGAUCCCAGUCUGCCCCCCCCAAGGUCAUCUUCAUUCAGUCUUUCCUCCUAACCGGUCUGCCCUCGGGGUAACUUGGGUUUAACUGGGGGUAAGAGGGGGCAGAUCUCACCGUGGAUGUCCAGUGUUUUUAGAGCGAGUUCUCCUUUUAUAACCAGAAAACAGAUCAAUAUGCAACGAUUGCUCUGAUUUACGGCCUGUCCUUAUUAAUACUGGAUCAGCAGAUUAUUAUAUUAUUGUUAUUAUUAUUAUUAUUAUUAUUAUUAUUAUUAAUAAUAAUAUUAUUAUUAUUAUUCAUUCUUCUGGUAACAGGACUUUUCUUUUUAUAAUGAUUUUAAACGAUCUAAAUCACGCCAGUGUUCGUUCUACGUAAAGAUUAAUUACCUGAAUGUACAGAAGCUGUGUGUGUGUGUGUGUGUGUGUGUGUGUGUGUGUGUGUGUGUGUGUAUGUGUGUGUGUGUGUGUGUGUGUGUGUGUGUGUGUGUGUGUGCAGUCGGGUCCAACAGUGUAGCUCAUGCUAAAUAAAAUGCUUUUAUUUCAUCAGAGAUCAAACACUGAUACGGAUGUUCGGGCAGCACUGUCCCUCACAGUAUGAAGGUCCUGGGUUCGAUCCCCGGGUGGAGCGGUCCAGGUCCCUUUCUGGGUGGAGUUGUGCAUGUUCUCCUCGUGUCUGCAUGGGUUUCCUCCCACAGUACAGAGACGUGUAAGUGAGGUGAAGUGGAGAUACAUGACUGUGUUUGAUUUAGGGAGAAGCUGUAGCGUAGUGGUUAAGGUACUGGACUGGUAAUCAGAAGGGUCAAUGUUGGGCCCUUGAGCGAGGCCCUUAACCCUCAAUUGCUUAGACUGUAUCCUGUCACAGUGCUGUAAGUCGAUUUGGAUAAAUGCGUCCGCUAAAUGCUGAAUCCAUUUCUUGAUUGUGAUUGGACUCUGGUUCCUCUACGUUACCAGUGAACACCAUUAAUACUGAUGCUGUUCUUAUAAACGUCAUCACCGCCGUGUGUUACGUGGUUUCCUCUCUGAAACUUGACGCUCUUACCCCCGACGUUGACGUGCUGCCGGAAGCUGAAACUGGUGGAGUCCGGCAACACUGGAAAGAUUUUAGGUUCCAGAUGUUUGUCGACUGGUUGGAGAACUGGAACGUUCUCAGACAUGAGGGUCUCAUCCCCCCCCCAGUCUCCACCCCAGUGAAUCCCCAGUCCUGAUCCUAGUGACUACCUUACAUCAAUCACCAGAUUUUACACCAAUUAAUCCCCAAUCUAGGCCAGGGCAGGUGUAGCCUAGCGGUUAAGGUGCUGGACUAGUAAUCAGAAAGGUCGCUGGUUCAAACCCCAUCACUGCAAGGUUGCCAAUGUUGGGCCCCUGAGCAAGGCCCUUAACCCUCAAUUGCUCAGACUGUGUCACAGUACUGUAAGUCACUUUGGAUAAAAGCGUCCACUAAAAUGCUGAAAAUGUAAAUGAUCGAUACCCAUUGUUGACUUAAUCAAUCCCAAUAAUCACUUUCUGUAUGAUCCACUGGUGACCGCCGGAUGACAUUGAUCAGGUUUGUUCCCCCUCUCUUUACCUGAUGGAUCCACAUUAUUGAUUCAGUCGACUCACAGUAUUUAUCCUAUUAAAUUACUUUAAAAAACCCGAUAACUUCACAUGAGCCUCCAGUAAGCACCAGUAUAUCGCCGCUCACGCCCCCUCCGACCCACGCACUCGUGCACUCUGCCCAGGCGCCUCUAUCUGCCAAUCAGGGUCCUUACACAGCGUUUGAAGACCCCACACACAUAGUCCGGUCAUCCCUCCCUAGCAUAAACGUGUCUGCUUGCUAGAUGGUGCCCAGGCGACCGGUGGCAACGCCGAGUUUCGAACCGAGGAGUUCAGAAUCUCGGCGCUGGUGUGCUAGUGGAAUAUCCCGCUGUUCCACCUGAGCACCCUUGUUCCCCAGUCUUGAUCUGUCCUCUGUUAGUGUAGGAGUUCUUCUGGAACCGAGAACUCCUACAUUCCUCGCUCUCAGGUCUUCACCCCAUCGUUCUCUCCUCAGUCAGUGUAGGACAGGGGUAUCUAUCUGCCCCAGAGCUUUACUCCAGCAUAUCCAUUCUGCCAGUCGAGUCCCAGUAGGCCAGUUUGUUUGCCCAAAAUCAGCUCCAGUAUGCCAGUCAGCAGUUACUUGAUAUAGUUCGCACCAUCCUACCCCAAGGGUCUCCCCCAGUCUGCAAGAACUCUUACGUUCUGUGUUCCAUUCUCUCCAGUCAGUGUGGGACGGAGGUUUACAACCCCGUAGAUGCAGGUUUGAAUUGUGUUCAGCUUAUCAGCGGAUAGUUUUAGCAUCAGAGCUCACAUUUACCCCGGGUUCUUCCGGUUACAGAUGAAUUACAUCGUUAGUCUGUUGUAGCUAUAGGGUUCACUUUGACGAUUAUCAUUCAGGCGCUAGUUUUGCCGGCUGGGAAUCGCCUCCACUGCGACGGGAAACUACGGAACGUUCCAGAAGCGACACCGGAAUCACCAUCGAGAAAUUCCGAGUAGUUUUUGAUCACUGAUGAAAUGAAAACGUUUUAUUAAGAGCUCCGUUUCGUAUCGGCACGAUUCGGGUGCAGCCGCGGGACUUCGGAGCGUCAGCGCUAACACGCUGCAUGAAUCGUCUCCGCUUCCAUCUCUACGUUAUUAGCAUAGCGCUCCAUUCAGUUUUACACUCUAUAAUCGUUUACUGGCAGCUUCGGCUAGCGCAUUCAGCUGGCUUGCUAAUUCGGCAUGUUCGCUAAGGUGUCAUGUUUUACAGUUUUUUGUUAUUUAUCAGCGUGUCGGCUAGCAUGCUAAGUUAUCAAGUUAGCUACUUUUACGUUUUACACUCAUCGGCAACAGAUCUGCUAGUUUGCUAACUCGUUAGCGAUCAAGCACAGACUUUAAGGUGUGUAAUUUAAAAUGUUUAUAAUUUACAGUGUUGCCCUAAACCUGCUAGUGCUAAUCAGUCCAUUUUAAUGGUACGUCCACUGAGUUCACAUUAUACAGCUCUCACAAGCGAUCAUAACGUAGCUAGCAUGCUGGUUACAUUUGCGUUUUGCAAUUUACAAAAAAUAUGGCUAGCUAACUUGCUAACAAGCUAGUAUCAGAUUAUCAGUAUCACAUUUAUAAUGAUGUCCCUUGGCUAUCGAUUUUAGCAAGGUCUAAUAUUUUGAAAGGGUCAAACACAACAAAUUAGUAACAAACAAACAUGACAGCAGCUCUGUUGCUUGUUAGCUAGGCUAACCUGUUAGCAAAUUAGCUGAGCUCAAGAUUUACAGUAUGGCUAGCUUCAUUAAGCUAACAGUUAGACAGUUCACAGUUUACCAAGAACAUCACGGCUAACCAGCUGAGCCAGCUUGAUCAUUUGCAGCACUUAGCACGUUUGCUAUAUUUAUAAAUGUUUAGCUGGCUAAUGAGCUAAGUUAGCAUGCUAGCUGAGUGCUGGUUGUACAGUGUAUGAUAUUGAGCAGCGGUGAGCGUGUGGGUUGUAAUGAGGUUAAUAAAUGUUAGCGUUAUAAAGGAUGCUAUUGUUUACUCUGGCUGUAUGAAACUGCCCCGUCGAUGCCAAAACAGAGGAAGUAUUUUUGGAUUUUUACAGAGAAUUCUGAACGAGCCGCGUACGGUUACGACACCCAGCGUUUCCUCUUAACCACGCCCGUCUAUAUUUAUGAUGCCAUAACGAGUUCAGAAUCGACGCGUCUUCCUUCACCUGUAAUCUUUUAAUCAACUGUUUCAAUAUAAAACUCAUUCAACACAAA